AUGCAGGGUGACAGUCAAGUGAAUGGGAUUAAUGGUCACCAUGCACCAGUCCUCACUAUGGACAACGUUAAUCCUCGUGUCAGGGAGAUGCAGUAUGCAGUGAGAGGUCCAAUUGUAGUUAGGGCAACAGAGAUUGAAAAGGAGCUAAAAGAAGGUGUUAAGAAACCAUUUGCUAGAGUCAUGAAGGCAAAUAUUGGUGACUGCCAUGCUACAGGUCAAAUCCCAAACACUUUUUUACGCCAGGUCAUUGCUCUCUGUUCUUAUCCUCCAUUGUUUGAGUCUCCAGACUUUCCAGAAGAUGCCAAAAGCCGUGCUCGUAGAAUACUUGAUGGAUGUCGAGGGAGCAGUGUGGGUUCUUACAGUGCUAGUGCUGGUAUAGAUCCAAUCCGCGAGGAUAUUGCAAACUACAUCAGUAAACGAGAUGGUAUUCCAAGCAAAGCAGAAGAUGUUAUCCUCUGCACUGGAGCUAGCGAUGGUAUCAAAACCAUUCUGUCAAUGUUGAUGACUGGCAAAGAUGGCAAAGAUCGUGCUGGAAUCAUGAUACCUGUACCCCAGUAUCCUCUAUAUUCUGCCACGCUCACCGAGUACAAUGCUUACCCCAUACGUUACUACCUUAAUGAAGAGAAAAAUUGGUCUCUUGAUCUUGAUGAACUUAAAAGGGCUCUAAAUUCAUGCAGAGGAGAGUGUGUACCCCGCGCCAUCUGUGUCAUUAACCCUGGCAAUCCUACAGGUCAAGUAUUAACCAAACAGAAUAUUCAAGAUAUCAUACGAUUUGCUUCUGAUGAAAAUCUGAUGAUACUUGCAGAUGAGGUCUAUCAACACAACAUCUAUGCUAAAGGAUCAGCUUUCUUUUCUUUUAAGAAAGUGUUGACAGAGAUGGGUCCACCAUACAGCCAGGUAGAGCUGGCCUCCUUCAUGUCAGCUUCAAAAGGGUAUUUGGGUGAGUGUGGUUUCAGGGGAGGUUAUUUUGAGGUGAUUAACAUGCUGCCAGAUGUAAAAGCCUGUCUCCUGAAAUCCAUUUCUGCUAAACUGUGUCCUCCUAUUCUAGGACAGGCUGUCAUGAGUGUUGUUUCUAAUUUCCCAACUUUAAAUGAGCCUUCUGGAGCUCUCUAUGCCAAAGAAAAGGAAGAAGUUUUAGCAGGCCUAGCUAGAAAAGCCAGAAUGGUGACAGAUUUGUUCAAUUCUAUUGAUGGGAUCAAAUGCAACGAGGUCCAGGGAGCUAUGUACUCUUUUCCAAGACUUUUCCUACCUGAUAAAGCUGUGGAGGAGGCAAAAGCCCGAGGCCAAACACCAGACUCCUUCUACUGUUUCCAGCUCCUGGAAGAAACGGGCAUCUGCACUGUACCUGGAAGUGGCUUUGGGGAAAAAGAAGGCACCUACCACCUCCGUAUGACCAUUUUGCCACCAGAAGGAGAAAUAAAAGAUGUUCUUGGUCUUUUUAAGGAGUUUCAUAUGAAAUUUCUCAAAAAGUAUCAGUAAAUUUAAAGAGAGUUCUACCUAUGACUGGAACCCUGAAGGAAGAUCCUGUUAUGUACGGUGAUGGUACAGUGUGAUAUUUAACACAAGUUGCAUCAGUCAUUUUUGUUGUAAAAUGAGUCAAUGAAUUUAUACAUUAGAGAAAUAUUUCAUCAUCAACAACGACUGCCAGGGACACAGGAAGGUGGUGUAGGUACCAGUUAAAAGGUUGGUUGAUAAAUCAAGAUGUCUGUUUCUGUUGAAUUUACAUUCAGUGUGUGUUUGAUAUACGCAUAGAACUCAGGUGAAUGUUCACAAAUUCAUUUCUUGUUUCCAAACAUAUAUCAGUCUAUGAAUUCAUGAAUAUUUAUGUUAUUU